CUGGCGGCACAUCUGGAACGGGACAGGAGGGACUUUGUCACCGCGCUGGGGGCCCACCAGCAGCACUUGGCACAGGAGCGGGUGGCGCAGGAGCAGCGGGAGCUGUCGCAGCGCCACCACGCGGAGGAGCUGCGGCGACAAAUCGGCGACAGGCGACAACAGCGGCUGCGCGACAGAGAGGCGGAGCUGGAGGAGGGACAGCGACAGCAGCGGCUGGCACGGGACAGGGCGGAGCGGCUGGCGCGGCUGGCACGGGACAAACUGCAGCGCUUCAG